AAAGGAGACCGAGAGAGGAGAGGGAGGGAAAAAAAAAGGAGAAAACUGUAAGUGCGUAAAAAAGUUCUCGCCGUGGUGACGGAUGCUCAAAAGUUCAGGAGUUUUUCCGAUGCUUCCCAAAGCAGCCUGCGACUGAAAAAGAGACUGAAAAAAGCGAGAGGGAGAGAGAGAGGGAGACUUUGCACUGGAGAUCGGGAAGGUGGAUUUUUUUUCUUCUGCUCGCUUAAAAAAAGCCAACAAAACACAUCCCUCUACUUUUGUCCCUCCUUUGCAGACAACUUGUUGCAGAUCCCCGUGGAACAAGGAACUGGGAGCGUGGGAGCCUCUUUGCAAAGGUUUUAUUUUCUUAAUACUCUUUCUGCAUUUGGAAAUUGCUUUCUCCGCUGCGAUUAUUUUUUUUCUCUCCGCCGUUUUCUUUUUUAAAACAUUUUUUCCCUUUUUUGCACCCCUCCUUUUCCCCCUCCUUUUUUGAUUGUUUUUUUUCCCCUCCGCGUGGAGCGCGGGAAGCUCGCCGGUGGGCUUUCCUGGGCGAAGAAGAGGAGACUUUCGGCGCUGCCGUCGUUAUUCUUUCUCCCUUUUACCGCGCUCCGCCGGGGGGGUGGGGGGGUGGGGGUUGCCCGGCCGCCCGGUCCAGCUCGGUCCGCGGAGCGGCGGAGGGGUGGAGGGGGAAGGGACGCGCUGUUUGGUCCGGCGGGGAGGGUGGGGGAAAGCUGACGGGAGGACAUGCAGGCUCGCUACUCCGUGUCCAGUCCCAACUCCCUGGGAGUGGUGCCGUACCUCGGCGGAGAGCAGAGCUACUACCGCGCCGCGGCGGCGGCGGCCGGCGGGGGCUACACGGCCAUGCCGGCUCCGAUGAGCAUGUACUCCCACCCGGCCCACGAGCAGUACCCGGCUGGCAUGGCCCGAGCCUACGGGCCCUACACGCCACCGCCGCAGCCCAAGGAUAUGGUGAAGCCGCCCUACAGCUACAUCGCCCUCAUCACCAUGGCCAUCCAGAACGCGCCCGAUAAGAAGAUCACCUUGAACGGGAUCUACCAGUUCAUCAUGGAGCGGUUCCCUUUCUACCGGGACAACAAGCAGGGCUGGCAGAACAGCAUCCGCCACAAUCUCUCCCUCAACGAGUGCUUCGUCAAGGUGCCCCGAGACGACAAGAAGCCCGGCAAGGGCAGCUACUGGACCCUCGACCCCGACUCCUACAACAUGUUCGAGAACGGCAGCUUCCUCCGCCGCCGUCGCCGCUUCAAGAAGAAGGACGCCGUCAAGGACAAGGAGGAGAAGGACCGCCUGCACCUCAAGGACCAUGCCCCGCCGCGCCCGCCGCCGCCCGCUGCCGCCGCCGCCGAGCCCGAGGGCGGCCCCGCCGGGGGCAGCGCCGCGCCGCCGCCGCCGCCGCCCGUCCGCAUCCAGGACAUCAAGACAGAGAACGGCACAGCUUCGCCGCCGCAGGCCGUGUCUCCCCCCGGCGCCGCGCCGCCGCUCGGCGCUGUGCCCAAGAUCGAGAGCCCCGACAGCAGCAGCAGCCUCUCCAGCGGCGGCAGCCCCCGCAGCACCCUCCCCUCCAGCCGCUCCCUCAGCCUGGAGGCCCCCGAGCCCCCGCCGCCGCCCCCGCCACCACCCCCGCCGCCGCCCCACCACCACGGCCCGGGCUUCAGCGUGGACAACAUCAUGACCUCGCUUCGGGGCUCGCCUCAGGCCGCCGCCGAGCUGGGCGCCGGCCUCCUGGCCCCUGCCGCCGCCGCGCCGCGCACCGGCAUCCCGCCCGCGCUGUCCCUCGGCGGCUACUCGCCGGGACACAGCUCCGUCUACGGCUCGCCCUGCGGCCAAGCGGCCGCCGGCUCCGCCGCCGGCACCUACCACUGCAACAUGCAGGCCAUGAGCCUGUACGCGGCGGCGGGCGGCGCCGACCGGCCCGGCCACCUGCCCGCCGCCGCCAGUCCCGCCGAGGACCCGCUGCCCGACUACUCGAUGCCCUCGGGCGGCGGCGGCGGUGGCGGCGGUGGGGCGGGGGGCGGCGGCGGCGGCGGCGGGGCGCUGGGGCACGGCGGGCUGGGCGGCGCGGCGGGCGGCCACCAGGAGGGGCACCACCCGCACCCGCACCAGGGCCGCCUGGCCUCCUGGUACCUCAACCAGGCGGCAGCGGCGGCGGCGGCAGCGGCGGCGGCGGCGGGGGAGCUGGGCCCGCUGGCGGGCGCGGCGGGCUACGCGGGGCCGCAGCAGGGCUUCGCCGCCGCCCCGCGGGAGGUGUUCGAGGCGCCGCGGUUGGGGCUCAGCGCCUCGCCGGGAGGCGGCGGCGGCGGGGCAGGAGGGGGCGGCGGCGGCAGCGGCGGCGGCGGGGCGGGGGGCGGCGGGAGCUGUCAGAUGGCCUUCCCCGGCAGCCAGCCGCUCUACCGCUCCUCCGGGGCCUUCGUCUACGACUGCGGCAAGUUCUGAGCGCGCCCCGUCGCGGGGACACCGCGGGGACUCUGCUCCGCACCGCGCCUGCGGAGGGAAGUGAGCGCAUCGCGAAAAGCUUUUGUACAGAGACAGCCCCAAAAGCAUGUCUUGGUUUGUUAAAGGACAGUGUUACUCCAAUAACACUUGGAUGUUGUGGACCAAACGCCAGAAAGUGUUUCCCCCUUUCCUGAAAAAUGACGUUAAAAUUGACUGAAACGCUGAUUUUUUUUUCACUAUAUAAAAAGGGAGACUGUAUUAAUCUUAUUCUAUCAAUAUUUUUCUUUUUUUUUUGUUGAAAAUAUUCUGAAGGUAUUGCAUUGUUUGUUUAUUAAUAAAUUACCAUUCAGUUGGAAUGAUACACGUCUGUAUAUUUUAAUACUUCCAUUUAGAGACAGAGAGAAAAAGAGAGGGAAAAGGGAUUUCAUAACUAACUUUGUCGCUGGAACAGCUUGUUCCCCUCCGCACAAAUUCCAAAGACCAUUUAGGAACUGCCAGGUCGAAAAAUCCCUUUUCAGUCUCUUCUGCAAUAUGUUCCACUUAGUCAGCUCGCCUUAUCCGCUAGGAAAAAAAUACUUUCCCAUGGCAGCUCUGAGUUGGCAAAUAAACAAACACGUUUUCUUAGCAAUUAAUGGGCAAGACCUGGAAACAUUUGACCAUACACAGUAGUAUGACAGCAUUACGGCUUUUUAAAUAAUAUGCCUAUGUAAGGAUAUAUUAAGCGAUAACUCCGAGGUAGAACUGCAUGCAGUAGAUCCCUGCCCUUGUGUAACUGUGUAUAUAUAUCGAACUAUUUAUUGGUCUGUGUGUGUUUCAAAUGUAUUUAUAUCUAGGAUUUACAUAUGUACCUAUAUUUAAAGAAGGAUUAGGUAGUUAUUUAUAGCUUCAUAUACGCAUUGCAUAUUUUUCUAAAUUCCACAGUGUAUAGCAGAUGCCAAAUCUGUACUACGUUUAUUCUUGAAUAUAAUGCAAGCAUAUAAAUCACUGCGUUUUAGAAUUAAUAGCAAUGCGUGCAAUCAGAUCUGUGAAGCUGCUUCUGUAAUAUAUAUUUUUAAAGUACUAUUUUAUUUCAGGGGAAAAAAAAAGUAGUUGG